CAACUAAAGCAAGAUAUACAUGCAGAAGUUUCCUUCCCCUCUCUUUUGUCAUCUUUUUUGGUGGGACAACACGUUUUUGCUAAAUUCUGAAUUAAUAGAAACAAAGCUUUCCUUAUAUCUUGUGUUUUAAUUUUUGUCGAUUGUUUUCACAGGGAUAAUAAUGGUGACCUGCACUAAGCCAAUUAUUACCUGUUACGCAUAUGAAUUACAGCUAGCAGCCAAAUUCCAUUUGUCACACUCUACUUAAAAAACAAUUCUCCCUUCACCUCCAUAUCCAACUAAUUUUUCUUUCUCCUUUUUCGCAUUCUCCAUUGACUUAGAUGCGAUUGGGGGUAUGCAAAGGAGUAGAAGCCUCCAAGGCAGAGCUCUCUGGUCUCUAUAAAUACAGGAAAUUCUGUAGAUCCGAUAUCACCAGCUCUGAACUUGGAGCCUUUCUACUUCUUUGGUUUUUCUAAUUUUUUGCCAACUUGUUAUAUCCAUGGCUUCCAAAUAUUCCUGCCCUUUAAAUAAGUUCAAAUUCUUCUUAGGGUGGUUUUUACUUCUUAUAAAUAUGGCCUCUGCCCAAUUGUCCUCUAACUUUUAUGCAACAACAUGCCCUAGGGCACUUGCCACCAUUAAAUCUGCAGUGAGCUCUGCUGUCUCGAAAGAGGCUCGCAUGGGGGCUUCCUUGCUCCGUCUUCAUUUCCACGAUUGCUUUGUCAAUGGAUGCGAUGCAUCCAUACUAUUGGAUGACACAGCAAAUAUCACAGGAGAAAAAACAGCUGGUCCAAACAACAAUUCAGUGAGGGGAUAUGAAGUAAUUGACACCAUCAAGUCUCAAUUGGAGAGUUUGUGCCCUGGUGUAGUUUCUUGUGCUGAUAUUGUAGCAGUUGCUGCUCGUGACUCUGUCGUUGCUCUUGGAGGGCCUAGUUGGUCAGUUCUUUUGGGUAGAAGAGAUUCAACCACAGCAAGCUUGAAUGCUGCUAAUUCCAACAUCCCUGCUCCAACUUUGAGUCUUAGUGGCCUUAUCAGUGCCUUCUCAAACAAAGGUUUCACUGCUAAAGAAAUGGUAGCCCUCUCAGGAUCUCACACAAUCGGGCAAGCUAGGUGCACAACCUUCCGGCGGAGAAUCUACAAUGAGACCACGAUUGACCCCUCCUUUGCAACUUCGCUAAGAGCAAACUGCCCAAGCACAGGAGGGGACAACAACCUUUCCCCCCUGGACACCACAAGCCCGACAACAUUCGACAAUGCAUAUUACAAGAAUUUGCAGAGCCAGAAAGGACUGUUACACUCUGACCAGCAACUCUUUAGUGGGGGUUCAACGGACUCUCAGGUUAAUGCCUACAGCUCCAACUUGGGAUCUUUUACGACAGAUUUUGCCAAUGCAAUGGUCAAGAUGGGAAACCUUAGCCCACUCACUGGAACAAGCGGCCAAAUCAGGACGAAUUGUAGGAAAGUCAAUUGAGUCUUUUGUUAAUUCCCAUUUUUGUGGUUUUGAACACACUAUUAUUUGGAAUAAUAAAUGCAUUAAUGAGUGUUGUUCUUGUUAUAAUUGUAAUUUCAGGUAUAAUCUGACUCUUUUGUUUUGGCGAA